ACUGUUACUGUAGGAGAAAAAGGAUGGAUGAGGCAAUGAGGCUUCUUGAUGAAAUGCCUCGCAAAGGAUUGAUUCCUAACCAUGUCACUUAUAAUUCUCUUAUACAUGGCUUGUGUAAAGCAAAGGGCCCUCAGGCUGCACAUAAGUUUUUGAAGAACUUGUGUGUUAGUGGCUAUUCUCCAGAUGUGGUAACUUACUCAAUUUUGAUAGAUGGCUUUUGUAAGCAUAGGUGUUCAGAUGUGGCGUUGUCCCUAUUUCAUGAAAUGCAGAAAAACUCAUUGAAGGGUAAUAUAAUUGUCUAUAAUGCUCUAAUUGAUGGUAUGUUUAAAGCUGGAAAGCUCAAAGAUGCAAAGGAACUGUUUUCUAGACUUUCCAUAGAAGGGUUGCACCCUGACGUUUACACAUACAAUACAAUGAUCAAUGGACUUUGUAAAGAAGGAUUAUCAUGAUGCCACGACCAUGGAGUUGGUAAUAAAUUUAGUUUUGAACAAGCCUGAUGAUCCACUCGUGCAAAAGGUGCUAAGUUACUCUAAACGUUCUCAAGGUGUAAACUUGAAGUGAGAUUUUAGGAUAGAACAAUUGUUAUACCGUUGCAGGAGGUCUUGUCAUAUUUUUAUUAUGCCAGUUCAAUUUGAAUCAAAAAAGAGUUCUGUUUUCUGCAAUUCAAUUUGUAUGCAUUAUUAUCUAUUUACAUUUGCCUCAAGUUUGAA